CGAAAUUCCGGCAAUGUUGAUUUUCCGAAGCUUUCUCAGAUCGGGGCGCGCUGCUGUGCAAAGCAGGUGCUGCUCCGGCACCCGAAGUCAGACCCAGUUGUUAUCGAACACUGAGCCCUGCUUCUAUGGGCAUGCAAAUCCAGAGUGCACUUGUUCCAGAUUUGUAAGCUCAUCUCAUACAUCGGUGGCAGGGUUAAAACUUGAGCCCUGUUGUCCAUUUUGGCUCAAGUGUUGCCCUGCCAGGGUUCCUGCUAUUUCCAUUUGUCCGCGCCGAUGGAAAUCCCAGAUCCAAGCAGCUUGGCCGAGGCGAACAUAUGGGUACAGCGAUAUGGGCCUGUCUCCACUCCAACAGCAUCGGCUGGAGAUUGGAAAAUCUGGCCGCAUAUGCAAUCCAAAGAGGCCUGGCACCAGGCAAUGGGCACGCGCGGUGGUUUGAUGGCCAAAUUCUUAGAGGCAAGAGGCAUUUUCAUGGAUGGCUGUCAGAUUUGUCAUGAGUUCAACCGAUCCACGCAGUCGAACUUCGAGGGGCAUGUAGGCGGGAGAGCGCACUUCAAGCACUGGUGCCAUCUUUGUUGCCGAGAGGAUGCAAAGGACAUGAGUAGCUUCCGAGAAAAGUGGUGGGAGGAGUGGAUUGUGAAGGGAGGCGCCAUUCGCUUCAACCACGCAGAUGGUGUCGUGGAGCUCCGGAAGAAUUACCCUUCCAUCCAACCAAGCCCAAGCCAAGCAGCUUCAGGAUCUAUCCCAGCACCACCAUCCCCAGUUGAGUUCACACCAGACUCAAGCAAUGUCGUGGCCUUGGCCUUGCAGAAUCCUGGCAAUGUUUUCAGCCUUUGCCUUGAGGAGAACGUCUACUACCUCCUAUACUCGCACGUGGGGGGUCCAACUGCUGAGGGUGGUGACCUCUCCAAGUGCCCCUGGCUGCAUACCAAAAACACUUGGAGGCCAGUGAUGCAACCAAGGGCAGAGUUGGUGGAAAAGAUCCUUGAAGCCUUUGAUGUCUAUUAUCCUAAGUGCCUGCUAUGCACCAACCCUGGUGGCUUUGCAGAGCAUUUGCCUGCUCAGAAGCAUUUGCGUCAACUGCAGGAUCGCCUCCCGACAGGGAAGCCGGUGACAGAGCUGGCAGCUCAAUUUUGGCAAGAGUGGAUCUUACCCUUGGGGAUUCUUCGAUUCAAUCAUUUGCAUGGGCAAGUGUGGAUUUGCCGUGGGAAGGCACCACGACAAGCAAAACCCAUGCCCUUUCCGAGCUCUUCAACUUCCAAUGAAGCUCAACAAGGUCCUUUGUCUUCCAAAGCACUACGAAGUCCACCGAUGCCGAGCUCAACCUCCCCACAAACUCCGUCGCGGCCCGUGCCCACCAGAGCUGCGGCGCAUGGUGUGGAGGAUCCGCAAGACCUGGCAGUGGAAGGGGUGUGGUUUGUCAGUUAUCCACCCUGUAGCGAAGCCACGCAAGUUGAUGGUGAUUACAGGGCAUACCCUCACUUGUGUGGAAAAGCGCAAUUUAAGAAAUGUAUGACUCCUCGUGCUGGUGUCAUUGAACGGAUCCUGCGCUCGCAAGCUAUUCCACGGGAGCCACAAUGCACUCUAUGCGAACGACAUCGAGGCUAUCAAGAGCACCUGGGUGCUGCUAAGCAUUGGGAUGCCCUUUAUCCAUACGCCAGGGAGGGUGUUUGCAUCGAAGCGGUCCGCGACAGGCUGUGGAAUACGAUGAUGGUUUCUGGUGGCUGGGUGAGAAUCAAUGAGUUGGACGGCGCCAUCGAGAUUGCCAAAGGCUCAAAGGAACCUGGAACACGCAGCACUGUGAACGCUGAAGGGCCACCUGCAAUACAACAAGGCCGCGCAGGGAAUGCGCAGGCUGGAGCUUUUCAAACUGCAAUGCCUUUGCGCACCGCAGCGCCAACCUGCAACUCAUCAAGCACAACGGCUGCUUCCAGUCUUCUUGGACCACCCUUAAGUCAACCAGAACCCGCUAAUUCCGAUAGAGCCACGGAGAGAUGGAAAGGCUGGAGUGGAACAUCGCAAGGAGCUGGCCGAGACGAGGCCUUUUCAGAUGUUGUUUCUUUGGCUGAUGAGAGAUUUGAGGUAGGACCUGUCCUUGGAUCGGACGAAGUUGGGCGUUGGAGGUCCAAGUGCUUGCGACUGUACCAAUCAAAAGCCCAAGCUGUUCAAGACGAGCUGCGCAAGUAUGAUUUGCACCCAGGCCAAAUUCGGUGUGAUGCUUGUGGAAAGCAGCUCGCCAUCAUGGAGUUUGCCAGUCACUUGAGGAGCCAAGAUCAUUUCAACCAGAUUCAUGUGGGUGAUGCCGGUGCGGAGGACCCACAGCAGGUGUUUCAGGCUGGCAGUUUGCGUUUGAAGCUUAACCUUGCCGACCUGGACAUCACUGUGGAGAAGGUCAAACAGAGCCCAGACGGAUGGGAGAUUGUUUAAAAUGACAGUGGCCUGCUGAAUGUUGUAUUGAGGUAUACUAAGUUCAUAUUGCUUGAUUGAUCAGUUUGGACGGGGCUUGACUCGCUUGCAGCAACACACACACACGUACUGACCUACCCGGGA